AAUCUUCCUCCGCCCGCAUGCGAGCGCUCAGAGGGACCAAAUACUAGAACACGUGCGCCAGCACGGCUUGGGGUGCAGCAGGAUUCGGGCGGCGGCAGUGGCGGGUUGGCCCGAGAUUCCCCGCAAGAUGAAGUACGUGCCGGCCACUGUCGGCUUGGUGAGCGGGCUCGGCAAGGGCGUCAGGGCCAGCAGCGUUGGCGUCAUCCUGAAGGCGUGCGGCCUCGGCAUUACGUCCAUCAAGAUCGAUCCUUACCUUAACGCCAGUGCUGGGGCCACGCCCCCAUUCAAACAUGGUGAAUCGUUUGUGUUAGAUGACAGUGGCGGUGAGGUCGACUUAGAUCUUGGGAAUUGUGAGAGGUUUCUUGAUAUUAAACUCACCCGAAACAACAGUGGAAAGAUCUUUCAGUCUUUAAUUGACAAGGAGAGGAAAGGGGAAUACUUGGGAAAGACUGUGCAGGACUGCAUCGAGCCUGUUGCGAUGAUAGCGGUGGAUGGCAUGGAUGUAUCUGAGGUGUGCAUGAUUAAACUGGACAGAACAAUUGGUGGGCAUGAGUUCAACACUGAGGAUGUAUCUGCCCCCCUGCUCAAUGGGAGGCAUCAAUCAUUGAUCCGGCAACACUCGAAUGAGAAGGGAAGCCAUUUCCCACUGUCCAAGGGCUCUCUCCCGGCCCAACCCCCGCAAGCCCGAAAGGUUCUUCCUUGCUCACCUCUCCGUUUCGUGUCGCAGCAUGGCGGCGCAGCCGUCCUCCACCGUGCCCUUCGUGGCCUAUGCACAGGGGAAGCACCCUUUAAAGCCCCUCCUGAACCCAUCUCCCUGUUUGAGCUCGACACCAUCUUGAUGCUCAUCCCACGUCUCCUCUCCGACGGCCAUGUCCCUGCCGCUGGCCGCCUCCUCUCUGCGGUGCUCCUCCUGCCCGGCUCCCCAGAACGCCUUCUAUUCUCCCCACUCGCCGAGCACCUCGCCUCCCUGCCCACACUCACCCCGGCCUUUGCCCUCCUCACCUCCCUCCGCCACCACCCAGUCCGUCCCUCGGCUCUGCCCCUUGCCACCCCGCUCCUUGGCAACCUCCUAUCGAUGCGCCGUGCCCGUGACGCUGCCUCCGUUCUCCGCUGGCUUUGCCGUCCCGACUCCUCAUGCCGACCAGACGACGCCACCUACGAUAUUGCUGUCGCGGGGUUCUGCAGGAUCGAGGACACCAAGAGUGUGCUUGUUGCCCUCCGGGAGAUGGCCUUGGACGGGGUUCGGCCCUCACAGAAGCUGCAGGAGGCGGUGCGGGAUGCCAUGCUGCAGGACUCAAGGAUCGAGGAGGCGUGGGCUCUAGAGGAGACCAUGCAGCUGCCAGAGUCUAUGAAGACAGUGGAGUUGGUCGACAAGUUUCUUGGAGCGUGGGAGGAAUGACUACUGUCUACAAUUGUUUGGUGCUUCCCUGAUUUGGAUCAUGCAAAAGGUGAGAAACUUUCCAGAGAUAGUAGGAUCGUUUCUCUAUGCAGUACCGAUGUACUCCUAGCAAGAAAAGCUUGUGUUAAUCUAGCAUUAACUAUAUUCUUGGUGAUUGAGAGUAGCAUUCCUGACG